GAUACGAUGCGUCCGUUCACACGUACUAACAAGAAACAAUGACAAGCACCAAACCUAGCCAAAGCUAUCGAAUUUGAAGAUUUACAGAAUUCAUAUAGAAACACGUGUUUGAUUACCACUACAUUACAUCAUGUCGGCGACAGUGACCAGCUCGAUACCAAAACCAAAGAAGCGCAAGGCACGUCCUGACGACGAUGCACCGGCAAAGGCUGCGAAUUUAACAGUUCCUGUCGGCAAGAAAAGGAAACAAAACGCCAAAAAGGGAAAGAGAGCCGCAGUCCAAGAUGAUGACAGUCUCCUGGACCUCGACGCUGGCCUGAAUCUAGCCAUUGCCAAUAUGGAUAGCCAGCUGCUAUCCGACUAUCUGGCCCAACAGACGACCAGGUUUGGUACCGACUUGAGCUCGGUGGAACUGGCCGACUUGCAUGUACCUGCGGGCGCUAUCAAGGACACCAGCUCCUUUGGUGAGGACAAGCCAAGGAACCUGGAGAAUCUCCCAUUGUUCCUCGAGACGGUCGCUGAGGGCGGCGCCGGCGAGAUGGGUAAGGCGGUCAAGGAAAAGGGAGCGCCGCAUACCAUCAUCGUGGCGGGCGCAGGCUUGAGAGCGGCCGAUCUCUGUAGGGCAGUGAGAAAGUAUCAGAAGAAAGGCAACACGGUAGCCAAGCUGUUUGCAAAACACAUAAAGCUGGAAGAGGCCGUUAGCUUUCUAAAGAACAACUCAACGGGAGUUGCAGUUGGCACUCCUGUGCGACUGAUGGAUUUGCUUGAUAAUGGCGCACUAUCAACCAAGAGCCUCCGGCGCAUUGUGGUUGAUGCUUCUCACAUUGACCAAAAGAAGAGAGGUGUGAUGGAUAUGAGGGAGACAGCGAUCCCCCUUGCCCGUUGGCUUGCGAGACCCGAGUUCAAAGAGCGAUAUGUCGAUGACGACAACCGGCUCGAUUUGAUCUUUUACUAAGGUCCGAUGCAGUUGAACUCAAUCAAUUUAGAUACCCUUCUUGUGUUACACCUUCUUUCUCGAGGCAGAGGAAGCAACGAAUGCGAGAUCUUUUACCUCACCUUCUAUCUACCGCUUUUGAAUAUUGUUAGGAACCGUGGCCACGCAUGGUGAAAAUGCAACGGACAAACAACUUGACACUUCACGUGGAGAGGCUCAUUGCCGCCCUGACUUAGUGCAAGCAUACCUAGGUAGGUAGGUACCUACCUACAUUUUAAGAGUACUCAAUCACGGCAAUCUGUUUGACCCUUCCCAAAAGCUUUGUCUUAUACGUUCCUUCCCGG